AACAAAAAUCUCCCAAAAAAUUCAAAUCUUAAUUAAGGGAAUGGGAGACCUUGGUUUCCCUGAUCCAACCACUGCCUGACACGUACACGAGAAGGCACCGCUUGAAACAAGUAGGCCCAAAUUUGCUUUGCCAGAUUGCUCUGGUGUUUGUUUCCUUUCUGAGUCCUACUCCUCCUCCUAUACGCACCAGAAAUCUCCUUCUUCUUCUUCUUCUGGUUCUCGUUGUCGUAAGGUAUUCUAUUCUAGCAAACAUGGAGGAAGUUGGAUGUGCAAUGGAGGGAAGCCGGAUCAAAAUGGAGAACUACUUGAGUCACCUGUCAAAGAAGCUUGCGCUGUGGUUCACCAGAACGUUCAAGCCCAUCAUGACCCACGACGAGCUGGAGCCCAUCAUGGCCACCCUUGGGUUCGUCGGCCUUCCGCCCUCCACCAGCAACGCCGCUCUUCCCUGGAAGGAGUACGCCUACACCGCCGGAGGUUGGGAGAGCAACUCCGACCCGCCGCCGCCAAGGCCCAGGCUGCCCUACCCGAGGAUCGAUGGCCUCCACGUCUGCACCUACCGGGCCUUCCUUGAAUCCCUCAACUUCUACCUCCACUUGCCGGACAUCUCCGAUCUCUUCCAUAUCAGGGGAAUGCCAUUACAUCAAAUACAUGAUCGACGGAGGAAGUGGCGUGAAAUAGUAGAUGCUUUCUACAUCUUCGUUUACAGAGAAGGAACACUGGAUCAGGCCACAUACAAUUUAUAUCACUCUGAUGAGAGCAGCAAUAACAGCGGCGGCAGCACCUCCAUCGUCAUCCGAAAUAAGGGCAACAAUUCCCCAGCCUCCUGCAUUGUCUCUUUAAAAGAUAUAGUAUGAUUUGAUUGUUAUGUUAUCAAAAGGUUGAAGAAAUACAAACAAAAAUAUCAUACCCAAUUUUGUAUCUUAUAAACCCUUUUUCGGCUUCUUCUCUAUUGGAGAUAUUUGGGGAAAUUGUCCCAAAAUUUCCUUAAUUUUGUUCUCGUUGAGUUUUUAAUUUUGACAAUUAAGUUUUGGCCUC